AUGGACCCGCAAAGCCAGUCCUUCACACCGCAUAGUACCAACACAGACACGUGGAAGCUACAGACAGAUGUGGUGCGAGUACAGCAAGUCCAGGCUGAGCACGCAGAUCGGAUUGCGCGCUUGGAGCGGCGGCAGGACGAGGACGCGAGGGUGAAGAGUGUGUGGGGCAGCAGCUCGCCAUUUCCUAGUGUUUUGAGUGGGACGCCGCAGCAAGCACCACUUCAGCAACCUCCUAGCGAUCAGUUCCGAGGCUUUGACGACGAAGCGAAUAACCUCAUGAGCAGUCUACAUCUCGAUGCCGAGGAUGAGCCCCGGAGAGGUCUGGGUGCCAACUCGCGCGCCAACAGCGUCCGCUUCGACGAAUCUGCCAACCAGAACCACUUUUCGCAUUCAUCAAGACCAUCGAUGGACUUCAUGUCGAGGACUAGUAGUGGACUUGGCGGCUUGCAGAUGACCGAGCGGACUGCAUCGCACAAGUCGGAGGGCCGUGCGAGUUCUGUGCAUUCGAUGCGCUCGGCUGCCUCGGGGCGUGCUAACAGUCUGAACCUCGAAUCUGGGUUCAGUCUUAAUGGGUCGAAUCAAUCGCCUGUCGAUGCGCCUGGUCUGGCUCCUGGAUUAUUACUCCUCGGAUCUGUGCCUGCCAUCAUUCGCUGCUGGAUGAACACGAACUUCAAGCACGACGCCUUGUUAUAUGCUGCUGUCUGCACUGGCUCAUACAAAUCCUACCUGGACCUGCGCCUCAUCCAGAAACUUGGGUUUGAGGACAGCAUUACUAGCAACUCGGACAAUGUGAAAACUGUCCAGCUCCCUGUGUACUUCCCAGAAGCUGUACCUCAUCCCGCGUCUUCACGAUCAAGCAGUCCCGCGCCACAAUUGCCAACACUUACUGUCACAUUCUUGGUCGUCGAUCACGCCGUCGAGCAUCAGGCGAAAGCUAUUCAGGUCUUUCUCGGCAGCGACGUCCUCCGAGCACAUAACGCAGACAUCCUCUUCUCGUCUAACAGUAUGACGUUGUUUGAUGACGAGAGAAGCAAACUCAGUAUACCGCUUGUUCGACCAGAGGACGAGGGAGCGUUCAAGAGCCUCUUCAUUACCAGCGGCUCAGCACAACUUCAGUCCGCUCCUCAGCGAUCCGUCGAGCAGCGGAAAGAGUAUCAACCAUACCUCAAUGGUCUCGGCCAAGGCAGCUCAAUUGCCUCCACAUCUUCUGCCGCGGCAAGUCCACCACCAGGCAAGUACCGGCCACCUGGCGCCAUUGCAGCAGAGUCAAGCACCAUCGAGUCGGCGAAAGCUGGCGCCUCGGGCCUAGACAUUGACGCAAGGCCUCCGAGUCGAUCGUCUACUGUUUCACGACCAUCUCUGACUUUGCUCAAUAUCGGCACUGACGCGCACGAUGAGGGGGACACAUCAGCACAAAACACACCUUCACGAGCAGCCAGCACACCGGCAAUAUGGGGCAAUUGGCGUCGAGAUGGGAAUGCCACGACUCCUGCUGCAGCAACAACCCCUUCCGCUCCCUCUCAGCAGUCAGCAGCAGCAGGUCUCGACUGGGCUAACGCGGGCAAGGACCGGGAGGCACCUUACCAGCGCAAGGAAUCCGGCAUCAAAGUUCUCAAGCCUAAAUCAGCUACACGCACAUUCUCCACGACUGCGAGUAAUGCCAGCUCGACUACCGGCUUGCCGAGCCCAGCAGGCGAUGGGAGCAAUGGUAGAAGCAGGUUCUUCGACGAAGGCAGAAGGCGUAGUGGGCCUGAUAGCGUGAUCGGGAAGCCUGGUUUUGCUGCUGGUGCGCUUGUGACGGGUGAUGGGAAGAGGGAGAACCCGGCUCAAGGUGCUACAACGGCCACGACUCCAGGUGUUACGAAGACGAAGGCAAAUCCUGUUGGUGGUGCUUCGGCGUUUUCGUGGUUGAAUGCUGGUGGUAUUGGUGGGGCGAAGUGA